UCUCGGGUCCCACAAUCCGGGAAGGGCUGCUGAGUCGGAGGCCCGGAGUCGAGGGCUUAACUGAGUUGCACGUCCGGUGUCCGAGCUUGUACACGCCCGCAUUCGGGCUCGGUGCUCCGCGACCUGCGCACGUUCCCCGUCGACGCUGCACACAACGCGUGUCCGUGCGUGGUCCUCGUGCGCGGGCUCCGGGCUGGGGGCCCUGGCGUCCGUGUCCGAGGACCCGCGUCCGCCGGCUGCCGGCGGUCGGGCUGCCCGGCUUGGCCCGCUCACUUCCCACGCGUGUGUCUGGUCGCGGCCGCGGGAGGGCCCCCGCAGCAGACCCCGGGGGAGGAGGCGUAAGGGCCGAGGGGUCGGGGUCACGGCGUCGUCCCCGCGCCCGCCGCUCUUCACUAGCCUGCGGGAGGAUUGAGGUGCGGCGUCUCUGACGUCGCUGUUUCCAGAAAAGGCUCGUCGGCGGAGAGAGCGACCGGGAGGUUAUUCUCAGGCCGGGCAGGGAGACCUGCGGACGCUCGUCCCCCAAGACGAUGCUGCCGACCAGUGAUGGCAAACACUGGCUGCGCUGUGGGGUCGGGAAGGAGCGGGCGCCUCUCGGACUCUCGGUGUCUCUCCGAAGUGCCCCACAGACCAGUGCGGGGAGGCCUGGCCUGCUCAGUCUCGGGGAGCCGCAGGCCACUGCGAGCUGGCGGGGGGCGGGCGCCCUCUCUCCCUGCGGCCUCCCUGCGGGCUCUCAGUCGGUCAUCCUCCCCGUGCACAACGCCGAGCCCUGGCUGGACGAGUGCUUGCGGUCCGUCCUGCAGCAGGACUUCCAAGGCUCCAUGGAGCUCUCGGUCUUCAACGACGCCAGUCAGGAUCAGUCUGCGGCCAUCAUUGAGAGAUGGAAGGGGCGGCUGGAAGACGCGGGGAUCCCCGUGGUCAUCGGAGGGCACGACUCUCCUGCACCCCGAGGAGUUGGAUAUUCUAAAAAUCAAGCCAUAGCACAGAGCUCAGGAUCUUACCUUUGCUUUUUGGAUUCGGCCGCCAAGAACGUUGUUUCUGAACUGGUGUCACCGUGGAAUUCCCGCCAGUCUGGGGACUCUGAAGGCUGUCAGGACGACGUGAUGAUGCCUCAGAGGGUGAGGCUCCAGCUGGAGGCUGCUGCCCAGCACCCGACAAGCAUUAUCGGUUGCCGAGUAAGGAGAGAGCCCCCCAACUCCACUGAGCGAUACACACGGUGGAUCAACCAGCUAACGCCGGACCAGCUUCUUACUCAGGUUUUUACCUCCAAUGGCCCGACUGUGAUUAUGCCCACCUGGUUCUGCUCUCGAGCAUGGUUCUCCCACGUGGGCCCAUUUGAUGAAGGCGGGCAGGGUGUGCCCGAGGACCUGCUGUUCUUCUACGACCACCUCAGGAAGGGCGGCGGGGUCGUCCGCGUGGACCAGAGCCUCCUCCUCUACCGCUACCUCCCAGACGCCGCCACCCACUCUGUCCUCGAGACCACCAUCUGGACCCACCGUGUCCGCUUCCUGGAAGAACGGGUCCUGCCGCGCUGGACAGCUUUCACCAUCUGGAACGCGGGCAGGCAGGGCCGCCGGCUCUACCGCAGCCUGACGGCUGAGGCACGACGCAAGGUGGUUGCCUUCUGUGACGUGGACGAGAACAAGAUCAGGAAAGGGUUCUACUGCCACGAGGACUCUCAGGAAAGGCCUAAGCCUCGUGUUCCAAUUCUGCAUUUCCGAGCUGCCCGGCCCCCCUUCGUCAUCUGUGUGAAGCUGGACCUCACCGGGGGUGCGUUUGAGGACAACCUGAGGUCGCUGCGCCUGCGGGAAGGCCAGGACUUCCUGCACUUCAGCUGACGGGCCUUGGCAGCCACUCCAGACCCUGCUCGUGUCGUGUACCUGCCGCUUGCUCACUGUCCCCAGCACACGGAGGUGCCCCGCGGGGACAGCCUCCCCGCCCACACUUCCGUCACCAGAGCAAGGGCUCCGAGUGGGGCGAAUCUGCUCCCACAAACCCAGCAGCAUCUGGAGGUAGUUUGCUCUGCGAGUGGGAAGGGGGUUGCUCCUGGCAUCUGGGUUGUUGCCAAGGACUGACUCAGCCCAGGGCGCCUGAGCGGUCGGUGAGUGUCCGACUCUUGGCUUCAGCUCUGGCCGUGACCUCUGCGUGGGGAGAUCAAGCCCCAUGUCGGGCUCUGCUCUGCCUGGAUCUAACCCCUCCCCCUCCAAAGAACCCCAGAAUUCCUCAGCCCCAGGGCUAAACACCUAGCUGUGCGUUCGAGCCCUGUGUCACCUGGAUGUGAUGGUUUCCCCGCGUCCACGGCUCUGCCCAGCGGCCGCCCCCUCCCUUGCUCCGCGCCAGGCCCUGUGGUUGGGGGGUGGGCAGGGUGGUAGCCGCGUGGGUCUGCGGGCUCCGGUAUCUGGGGACGAGCCCCCAUGAGACCUCUGUACACACCGGGCCGAUUCUUUCUGAGGCCUCUUUCCUAUUUUUCUGGGUAAUUUCUUCAGCUUGUGUCUACUUGGUUGUUUAAAUCUAUCCAGGGAGCUUUUUCCUGGAUAAUUCUCCUCUGGGUAGUUUCUAACUCUUUCAAAAACAAAUGUUCUGCGGCUCAUAUUACCAACAUCGCAGUUUUGGGGUCUGGUGAUUCCCAUUUGUCUAUUUUGUGACGUUUCUGGAACAUUAGUUUGGGUUCUUUCCAGCCUCUCCAUACAGAUGAACCCGCACUCUUCCGGGGAGAGUCUGUCGGCCGCUUCUGCCCGCUGUCUGGGAGCACCACGCGCGGGGUGGGCGGGCGGGGGCCGUGCGCACGUGACCGUAUGUUCCAGGUCAGCUUUAAGAACUGCCCAUCCCUCCAAGGGAACCUCCAGGAGACUCCUCUCCCCACCCAGCUGCAGGGGGAGAUGGUGACGGGAUGCUGUCCCCUCGCUGGGGUCAUCUCUGCUGCCAGCGCAGGAGCAGCCUCCCCGGGUCCCAGCUGCACGUGGGCCUUACGUCCUAACCCCCAUGCUGCCCCUGAGACGAGCGCUCCCCACGCGCCUCAGCUCAGCACACGCAGGCGCUUGGGAUCGGGGGAGGCUCGGUUCUGUGUCUGGAGCGUGGCCGUGUGUGUCCUGGGGUCUGGCUGGUCUUCCAUCUAAAAUGGAGACCUCCGGGGCGCCUGGGUGGCUCAGUGGGUUAAAGCCUCUGCCUUCGGCUCAGGUCAUGAUCUCAGGGUCCUGGGAUCGAGGCCCGCAUCGGGCUCUCUGCUCAGCGGGGAGC